GGCCGGUGCUGCCACCUGCCGCGCGCCGCGCGCACCACGCCCGCCGCGCGGGGGGAGGGGGAACCGGCCGCUGCUGGCCGAGGUCCGACCGAGGCGGCGCACACGGCACUGCGCGACGCGGCCUCCCGUCAGUAGCAGUUCUCGCGCGGCGGCCAUGAGACUGUUGUGGCUUGUUGUGGUGGUGUCGGGCCUGCUGUGCGCCGCGGCCGACGCCAAGCGGAAGAGGAAAUUCGAAGGGGAUUUUGAAUUCGCAGAGGAGGACGAGGGCCGCGCCGUCUCCAAGGCGGGAGACAAGAAGCGCUGGAUCCACGACCCCAACAGUGACCUGUGCCACCCGCUCAACUGCAAGAAGAAGGAGGUGUGUCUGCUGGAGGACUCCUUCACCGCCGUCUGCGUCAACAAGAAGGAGCUCAAGAAGGACGGGGACGUGGUGGUCCCGAAGGCUCGCUUCCUGGCGGAGGAGGAGGCGCGCAGGAAGGCGGCGGACGAGCAGGACUCGAGCGACGACGAUGUCUUCUACGAUGGUGAGGAUGGCGACGAGGACGACGCGGGAGACACGGCGGCGCGCUGCACGCCGUGUCCGGUGGUGAAGCCCACCUUCCUGUGCGGCACAGACAACCGCACCUACAGCUCGCUGUGCCGGCUCGAGUACCACAACUGCAUCCACCACAAGGCCAUCAAGGUCGGCUGCAAGGGCUUCUGCCCCUGCAAAGACUCGGAGCUGCACCAGCGCAAGAAGCAGCGCCUCAGCAACCUCGUGAGCAAGUACAAGGCGACGGCCGAGAAGGAGCGCGAGAAGGAGAGGCAGCUGAAGACCAGGCCUCCGCAGGACAAGUACACCUUCACGCCCGAGGACUUCAAGUACGAGAACAAGCACUACAAGUACAUCAAGUACACCAAGUACAACAAGGACUUGUUUGCGGCCACCAACCCCCCGUACAGCGAGGACAAGGAGCGGCAGCGGGGGCACAACGAGGUCCUGGACACCAAGCCCGCCCCGCACAAGGACUGCUCGCCCGCCGCGCUGCAGGCCAUGGGCAACCGCCUGCUGGACUGGUUCUCCGUCGUCAUGGUGGAGGCCAAGCGGCGGCGCUCCCACAACAAGGGCCGUGGUGCGUGUGCCUCGCAGCCCGGUCCCCCCACACCCUGCUCCCUGCUCCCCACACCCCACUCCCUGCUCCCCACUCCCCGCUCCCCACACCCCACUCCCCACUCCCCUCACCCCACUCCCCGCUCCCCACUCCCCACACCCCGCUCCCCGCUCCCCACUCCCCACACCCCGCUCCCCAUUCCCCACUCACCGCUCCCCACUCCCCUCACCCCACUCCCCACUCCCCUCAUCCCACUCACCACUCCCCACUCACCACACUCCCCACUCCCCUCACCCUACUCCCCACUCCCCACUCCCCACACCACACACCCCACUCCCCACACCCCACACCCCACUCCCCUCACCCUACUCCCCACUCCCCACACCCCACACCCCACACCCCACUCCCCACUCCCCACACCCCACACCCCACACCCCACACCCCACACCCCACACCCCACACCCCACACCCCACACCCCACACCCCACACCCCACACCCCACGUCCGUCCACCAGCGUCACCUAGCAGGGGCCCACAGGGGGAUUCCGUUUGUUUCAGAACGGGAUUUGGAAAAAAGAAAGAGAAUUUUUGUAUUCAAACAACUUAUAUCAACAACAAGGGGUUUCGACAAUUAUGUUAUCAUUCUCAAAAUGCAUUGCUGCCUUUGUAGUUUGUUAUUCCAGAUGUUAUAACAGCUCACUUUUGCAUCACCCACAAUAACCUGUUGCCUUCACUGAGAUAUCACAUUUUUUUUUCAUAACUUCAGGGGGGGAUAUCCCCCUAAUCAACACCCUGCCGGUUUGUCACAAAAGGAGGGGGAUAAGUUGCACCCCUCCCGUGAAAUUUUAAAAAAAUCUAUCAUUCCCACCAACAAAUAGAAAGAAUUUGAAAGUAAACAGCAAGAUAAAUUGUUCUAUUCCCUCCUCCUGUGAAAUUACAUUCGUGUAAGCAUCUUCCACGUCUUCUUCAGCGGAUCCCAUCUUCACUAGGCAACCCUGCCACCUACAACAUAAGUGCAUAGCUUUACACAUCUCUCAUGCAAAUGUCUUCUUGAAGUGUGAACAUCUUAGCUCUCAGUAUACUGCAUUUUGUAUGAGUAAUUUUGUGUAAAUGGAACAGAAUUCAAUGAAUGGAAAUGAUUCACAAAGAUGGCGGACCUUUGUGCAUCAACAUAAACCUGUGUGUAGUUACUUUUGUAAACAUUAAAGGACGUACCAGACGUAUUGGUGUGGUAAAUGAUACUUUUGUUGAUAGUGAAACUACCCUUAAAUAUAUUUGGAAAACUAACAUAGUCAGAGUAAAAAGUAUUAAAACGCCCUGCGGCACAAAUCGGUGUAUGUAAAGUAUAGGUACCCACCUGGCUGAACCAAAUUAGUAGUCGUGAUUUCACAGUCCCACCUAGUGGUUAAACAGCAUUAAGGAAAUCAGCCUUCCGAGGCUGAAUCCAAGGAUGUGCAAAAAUGUUUAAGACAAUGAACAGUUAACAGAAUGAAAAUAUAAAUAAGUGAUCAGCAAAUAUGAAGUCCUCAGGGUGCAUCGAGUACCCUGCCUCACGCGUUACAGCUUCAAACCUUCAAACAAUAAGAAAAGGGCGGGAGGGGGAAGAGGGUGUUAGGUUCCAGUGGCGGCUGGCUGGCAUCCUUGUGCCUCACUAAAACUGUUCAGUUGCCAUUCAAACAUGCACAAUGACACUCAGUAGCUUACAAUACUUAAAUUAUUACAGUAUGACCGUUAAUUUAGCAAAUUGUUUUACCAGUAAAAUAACAAUAAUAAUUUAAGCAUGAUUGUCUAUUCUUAGGGUUAAAUCGGGGUCUGACCUCGUUGCCGUUGCUGUUGCCGUUGCAGUUAAUAAAUAAAAGAUGUUUGGUCACAUACCCGAGUCCACUGAAAAUACGUGACAUUUGGGCCUAAAAAAUAAACAAAUUGGCAUUGGAUGUAAUGUGCCUCCUCCCCCUCAUAAUGGUGGUUGCGGGCUAUCCAAAACACGUGUCAUUUGCACACGCAUGGAAACCAGAGUGGUGGGGUGGGUGACGGAGGAAUUAGGGCGAAGUCCCUGGACGGGCAAGUAUUCCACAGUACGAAAGGGAACUUUUGGUUCCACUAUUUUCAGGAGGGAUAAAAUGCUUUUAUUAAUUAGAGUCUGAAUCUGGUAUUCAAAUGUAUUAUUUAUAGUUUUCAAACACAUACUGAAUUUACGAGACAAUAUCCUUCACUUCAUUGUUAAAUUUCGCAAUCCAUUGACUGUCGUCCGCUUUUUAAAAAAAAAACUUUCUAUGUAGCAUAGGUACUUUAAUGGGCAGAUGAAAAUACAUUUAUUUAGACAUUUAAAAACAAAAUUUGAAAAAUAUAUAUAAUCAGUUACCCAUAUUGAGUGGUAGUACAUAAUUUGCUAUAGUAUAAAAUAUGUUAAUUUACUUUUGAGUUGUUCUUGUUAUAUGCCUAUGUACUUGUGAUAAAUCUAAGGUCUCAUGGUAGGCUUGCAUUGCAAACUUUAUGCAUCGUAAUUAUCUCAUACACUCAGCUUCUCAAUGGGUCACAACUGAUGUGACAUUUUGAGAUUUAUAUCUUUAUAAAACCAUUUUACAUGAUGUAUUCACGUCCUAUUGGGCUCGCAUUCUGUUUUUCAUAUUUAAUUCAUGCAAGAUAUACAUCAUUACCUACCUAUUACUAUAUAUUUCAAUGGUGAAAGCACAUUUUUGUUCUAGUUUAUAUUAAGUCUUUUUCUGGAAAUAACAAUAGAAAUACAGUAGAACCCCGAUUUAACGAAGUGCUAUGGUUACGGAAAAUGUUUACUCUAAAUCGAUGUUUCGUUAAAUCCGAUUUACCGAUUUUCCAUGACCCCCGCACUCAUAAUCGCGUCCCUAUGUUUCCAUAUCGUAGACAGGGUCGAUGCCUAUAUCUUGUGCUGUCGUGCUAUCUCAGACUGGCGCGCCGUACGCGGAGAAAGAUAAUUAAUUAUACUCGGUCAGCUGUUGUUACGACGCGUCGUAGCCACCGGCUCGCUCUCUCUGUUCUGACUUGUGACCUUCCAUCAGCAGCCAGCCAAUAGACGCGAGCUUAGCGGAAAAAAAUAAAAGCUUCACCGCCCGUAAUACCAGUAACAUAAACGAAUCGUCAAAAAAACGUAACAAAGCCGAUAUCCAAAAACAGUAAAUAAAGUCAUGUACCAAUAAAAAAGCUAAGCAGGUCGUCAACAGGCAGUGUAGUAUUUUCCAAUCGCAAUCUGUAGUCAAAAUCCAAGAAGAAAAGCAAAAAAAU